CUGUGCUCCCAAGCCGCGAAUCUCCAAGAUCGGGAAGAAGGGGGACUUUGUAUUCCCACCCAGCCUCAGGCACGAAUCGCUGCCGUAAACAGGAUCACCACAGGUACCCAUUAGAAGAAGAAUUAACCAUUUGUAAUUCCAUCUCUGAGCAAACUAUCCUAGUUGUUGAAAUGCCUGUUGCUUCAACCAACUCUGAGACAGCUAUGCAACAGGUCCUGGACAACCUCAGUGACCUCCCCAAUUCCAUGGGAGCUGGAGAUCUGGAUCUCAUCUUUCUCCGUGGCCUCAUGGAGAGUCCAAUAGUAAGGUCAUUGGCUAAGGCUCACGAGCGGCUGGAGGAGACAAAGCUGGAAGCCGUGCGGGACAACAAUUUGGAGCUGGUCCAGGAGAUACUUAAAGACAUCACACACAUUGCUCAGCAAGAUAGCACAGCAGCCGAACUGGCCCGCAUCCUCCAGGAGCCACACUUCCAGUCCCUCUUGGAAACUCACGAUUCUGUUGCCUCUAAGAGCUACGAAACUCCGCCACCCAGUCCUGUCCUGGACCCCAUGUUCAACAACCAGCCAGUUCCACCAGAUGCUGUACGCAUGGUGGGAAUUCGUAAGACUGCUGGGGAACACCUGGGUGUGACAUUCCGUGUGGAGCGUGGUGAGCUGGUCAUUGCACGUAUCCUCCAUGGUGGCAUGAUUGACCAGCAGGGGUUGCUGCAUGUGGGUGAUAUUAUCAAAGAGGUGAAUGGGCAAGAAGUGGGCAGUGAUCCACGAGCCCUCCAAGAAGUGCUAAAAAAUGCAAGUGGAAGUGUUGUACUCAAGAUCCUGCCCAGUUAUCAGGAGCCACAUCCACCACGCCAGGUGUUUGUGAAGGCCCACUUUGAUUAUGAUCCAGUCACUGACAAUCUCAUUCCAUGCAAGGAAGCUGGUCUGAAAUUUGUAGCUGGAGAUCUUCUUCAGAUUGUCAACCAAGAUGAUCCCAACUGGUGGCAGGCCUGCCAUGUGGAAGGUGGCAGUGCAGGGCUGAUCCCAAGCCAGCUGUUGGAAGAGAAGCGCAAGGCCUUUGUGAAGCGUGACCUUGAGGUCACACCAUCAUCAGGCGCCUUGUGUGGAAGCCUUAGUGGGAAGAAAAAGAAAAGGAUGAUGUAUUUGACCACCAAAAAUGCAGAGUUUGAUCGACACGAACUGCUGAUCUAUGAGGAAGUAGCUCGAAUGCCCCCUUUCCGCAGGAAAACGUUGGUGCUCAUCGGUGCCCAGGGGGUUGGACGGCGCAGUAUUAAGAACAAGCUUAUCAUGUCUGACCAGUCUCAGUAUGGAACCACCAUCCCAUACACUUCACGGAGGCCCAAGGAGCAUGAAAAAACUGGACAAGUGUAUAGCUUUGUGACUAGAAGUGAGAUGGAGAGAGACAUCAAAGCAGGCCGCUAUCUGGAACAUGGUGAAUAUGAGGGGAAUCUCUAUGGAACCAAGAUUGACUCUAUCCAUGAGGUCGUUGAGUCAGGCAAAAUGUGUAUCCUGGAUGUCAACCCACAGGCUGUGAAGGUGUUGAGGACAGCUGAGUUCGUCCCCUAUGUGGUGUUCAUUGAAGCACCAGAUUUUGAGACUUUACGAGCUAUGAACAAAGCAGCUUUGGAAAGUGGUGUGGCUACUAAGCAACUCACGGAUGCUGACCUGAAGCGGACAGUGGAUGAGAGCUGCCGAAUCCAGCGAGGCUAUGGGCAUUACUUUGACCUCUGCUUGGUCAAUGAUAAUAUGGAGCGGACAUUCCAGCAACUUCAGGAGGCCUUGCAGAAGCUGUACAGUGAACCACAGUGGGUUCCUGUCAGCUGGGUUUACUAGAAGGGAGCUCCCUCUGCUGUCCAUAGCCUGAGAGCCUUGGUUUUCCCCACCUUCUACUGUCUCCAUUUUUGCCAGGGGACCUAGAUUUCUUAUCUGCCCAUGUCCCUUUUCAACCAUCAAGCUUAUCCAGGUGUCUAGGCUGUGUAAGUUAAACUCAGUUUGCCUCACUCUAUUCUAAAGAGAAAGUGUUUCCUCAUUCCAUUGCAGAACACCUUCAGCCUACCAGGAAUUCUUUUUACUGCCAUAAGUGAAUGGAUGUCCCUCAUCCCCUCCUUUCCUUUCCUUUCCUUUCCUUUCCUUUCCUUUCCUUUCCUUUCCUUCCUUCCUUCCUUCCUUCCCUUCUUUCUUACAGUAAGUUGUUUAAUUAUGAAUUCAAUGUGGUGGACACAGAAUUGGAGGAGGAGAGGAGCAGAGCUACAAAAUACCCACAAUGCCUUGCUAGAUUUGCUACUCCUGAUCCUCUCGGUUCAUAACUCAUCCAUUGUGAGAUGAGAAGGAUAUUUCUCCAGUCACAGCUAACUCACUGCCAAAACCCCUGUUUUUCUAGAUGGACCACAAUUCUGAUAUUGCCAAAAGGACCGUCAGCCUGAGAUAAUUGGAUGUCUUGCUCACCGAGAUUGUUGAAUCAGGGCAGAAUGCCUUGCCCCACUGUAAGCCUGGUCUGCAAUACUGUUGCAAGAUUUAAAGGGGAUUUAUGGAUGCAUCCAUAAAAGGUUUAUAGUGGAAAAUUAUGAUUGAUGGGUCUGUUGGUAGGAACUUUGGUUCAGAAACUAAUGCCUUGGAGACACUAGGACAGUGCCACAAAUGCAGUGAUAAGAAGUAUGUGUCUCAGUUUUGCUAUCUGUAAAAUGGGGCUAAGUAUAAUGGGGAUUAUGUUUACACUCUGUGGUAUUAUUUAUGAAUAUGGAACCCCUCACUGCAAAGAAUUGCUUUGGCAUAUUCAGAGUGCAGAUCUCUUGCUUGAAAUCUUGGAGAGUUAUUCCAAAUCAUAAUAGACGAGGUGGAUUAGUAGUCCAGCCGAAUCAGACAGCUUCAUAUAAAAUUUCCUAUGUUCAGCUGGGAUUUGUUCCUCAUCCUACCAGCCUUUCAGAAACUGAUGUAUUAAUAGGGAAGAUACUUGGCUGUUAAGGAAAACAACAGAAAUUAUUUCAGCCUUCCUCAACCUGGGUGCCUUCCAGGUUAUGGACUUCAUCUUCCAGAAUUCCCAGUCAUGUCAUCCUGACUGGAAAAUUCUUGGAGGUGAAGUCUAUACAUCAGGAAGAUGCCAAGUUGGAAAAGACUGACUUGUACUAAUCAUGGAUCCAAAUUGCUGCUGCUUCACGUUGAUUGUAAAACAUGCUGAUGCAUACCACAAAUCUCUUCCCCACUGUUUCUAUAUCCAUUCAGCACAGGCUUCUCAACCUACACCAUCCACAUGUGCGAACUUCAGAACUCCCCAGGCAGCACGGCCAUUGCUAAGAAUGCCUCAUGUUGAGAAAGGCUGAUCAGUUCCUUGGUUGGGCCAACCUUGCCUUCAGUGGGAUUCCGUUGGGUUGGAGGAACGGCCGUGAUGGGCCGUCCAGUUUCUCUCCAUCUUGGCUUUUGCCAGAAUGCUUCAGUGCUUCUUGAUUCUAGGGUUCCUGACAGAACAACUACCACUACCUCACAUACUAUGGCAGCUGUUACAUGAUGGUAGAAGCCUUGGGCUCAGCUUUUCACUGCCAGUUCUAGAACGGCAUUUCUAGCAGCCCUUUUGUAUGCAUCUAUUUCUUUAUUUCCUCCUGUCCUCAUUCUGAUUUUUUCCACAUCUUAAAUGAUGCUUGGAAAGAUGCUGAGUCUGGCUUUAAUUGGUUGGAACAGGGACACAGCAGUGUGAAGGGAAGAGAUUAACAGCCCUGAUGGAUCUAGCCCAGAGUUUCUCAA